CAGUCGAACAUUCGCGAAGCGGCCAUCUGACGAUAAAGAUGUGUUUAUUUUUCAACCAUUAAUUGUAGUAACUGCAGUUCGAAAUGCUAUGGGAUCCAAAUAAUGUUUUAAAAUUUAUUGAUUUAUAUCACAACCGUGUAAUCCUGUGGGACCCAAAGCAUAAACAUCGCUAUAACAGAAAAUUAAAACAUGAUGCCUGGGUAGAAAUAUCUAAAGUAAUGAAUUGUCCUAUUGCUGACUUGAAAAAAAAGCUUGAGAGUCUACAGGCUCAAUUGAGGCGGGAGAAGUCGCAAAUGAGGAAGUCCGCUGUUCAAGAUGAAGACUACAUUUCAUCGUGGUACGCGUAUGAUCAUCUGAAGUUUCUCCUGAAUAGAAAUGACAGCUCUCGGAUGAAAGCGAAAAGGCUACAGGAUAAUGAAAACUCAACUACAUCGAUCGAACAAUCUGAAGAUGAACAAUUUGAUAAUGCAGAAUAUGAAAUUGAAGAACCUGUCAAAAUAGAAUUCCAACCCAUAGAUGAUCCAACUGAAAACUUAGAAUAUGAACACACGAGUAUGGAACAAAAUGCCUCUAUUCCUCAAAAUAAGUUUGUACAACCAAUUUUUAAACAACCGUCAACUAAGAGGAGGAGGGUAAAUGACUCAGAUAGUCAUAUAAUUAAUAAGGCUUUCGAAAUGCAUUCACCAGCCAUAGCUACAGUGAGUGGAGCUGCAACCAAAGAUUUCGCUUCUACGACUCCAAAUGACAGUGAAGCGUAUGCAAAUUUCAUAGCCAGCAAGUUUUGCACAUAUUCACUUCGUACGAAGAAUGCAUUGCAGUAUCAAAUAAGUAAUUUACUUUAUAAAGCUGAUAACGGUUACUUUGAGCACUAUCAGCCGUCAUUUGAAUGUUCUUCACGGCGAAGUACUAAACCUGUACAAUCUACGUCUGAAACGCCAAGUCAAACCGAACCAAUAAGUAAAAGGACAUCACCUUCCAUAAUUAAUGAAAACAAAAAUAAAAUUGACUCAUCUGGUGCGUUGCUACCAAAUGAAGAACAAGAGACCCAAGAUUGAAUCCUUACGCAUAAAAUUUCACAAUUUUGUUGAUUGUUUAAUAAAAAACACUUUUA